AAGCAAACUACAAUGUCACCAUCUUAAUUUCCGAUUUCAGAAAAGACCUAUUUUUUUUUUUCCAUAUUCACCCUCGUCGAAUCGUCGAUUUCAAUCCCCUGUUUUUCGCUGUUAGUGUCAGAACUAGAUUCAGAUUCAGAUUCAGAUGUCCUGAAGCGCCCUCACACAUGGCCACGACAACAAGGUCACCGAAUCGUUCCUCCGAGGACGCCGCCGAUCCCACGCCGUUCCUCGGCACUUCUUCCGACGAAUCCACCUCCGGCCGCCGCCUCCUCCGCCGCCCGAGUCUCCGCGAGGCUGCGCGCUUCCUGCGCCAGGCCAGCGGCCGCCGCCUCAUGCGCGAGCCGUCCAUGGUGGUGCGGGAGGCGGCGGCGGAGCAGCUCGAGGAGAGGCAGAGCGAUUGGGCCUAUUCCAAGCCCGUCGUCGUCUUGGACAUUCUCUGGAACUUCGCCUUCGUCGCGGCCGCCGCAACCGUCUUCAUUCUCAGCCGCAACGAGAAUCCCAACAUGCCUCUCAGGCUGUGGAUUGUAGGCUACGCUCUGCAGUGCGUUCUUCACGUCGCGUGCGUCUGCGUCGAGUACCAGCGCCGCCUACGCCGCCGCGAACAGUCCAACGCCGCCGCUAUCGCGGGUGGCGGCAGCGGAGAUUUGGGUCCGCCUUCGAUGGACGGCUCUGGACACUACGUGUCGUUGGCGCAGUUCGACGACGAUGGUAUAAGUAUGGCAAAGCAUUUGGAAUCAGCCAACACAAUGUUUUCGUUUAUUUGGUGGGUUGUUGGAUUCUAUUGGGUGUCAGCUGAUAGUGAAUCUUUGGUCCGAGAUUCUCCCCUGCUCUACUGGUUAUGUAUAGCCUUCCUGGGUUUUGAUGUUUUCUUUGUCGUUUUCUGUAUGGCACUAGCAUGCAUCGUUGGUAUUGCUGUUUGCUGUUGUCUUCCAUGUAUCAUUGCACUCCUGUAUGCAGUUGCAGACCAGGAAGGGGCAUCAAAAGAAGACAUUGAGCAGUUGUCAAAAUUCAAGUUCCAAAGAACUGAAACUAAUGAGAAACUUGCUGGGAAUACACAAGGAGCUGCUGGAGGAAUAAUGAUUGAAUGCGAUGCUGAUUCUCCCAUUGAACAUGUUCUUUCUGAUGAGGAUGCGGAAUGUUGCAUCUGCCUUUCUGCUUAUGAUGACGGGGUUGAACUUAGACAACUUCCUUGUGGCCACCAUUUUCACUGUGCCUGUGUGGACAAAUGGCUGCAUAUCAAUGCUACAUGCCCCCUCUGCAAGUACAACAUCUUGAAAAGUACCAGUCAUGCUCAAGACGAAGUGUAGUCAGAAUAGCUCCUAGCAGCCAUGUUGGGGAAAUUGCAUUUCUUUUGGUUUACAGUAUAAUAGGCACAACUUGUUAAUAUAAUUCAAUGCAGGCCUUUAUUGUAGUUGCUACUGCUGCAUAUCGUUUAUCUCAUAGUGAUAGUUGUUUUGAUUAUUCUUCGUUAUGGUGGCUUCUUAAUGGUUGUGUACAUCUGCUCAUUGUAUACCGUAAAUAAUUAUCUUGAGGAAAAUUGGUUGACGUUUUUUUUAUCUUUGUCA